AAGGGGGACGGGUGCUGCUGCUGUGCUGACUCCUGACUGGGUCACCCAGCUAGGCUAGGCUGGGCUAGGCUGGGCUAUAAAACCGAGCCGAGGCAGCGCAGCUGGCUCACACCGCCGCCGGAGCCCCGCAGCCUCCUCCUCCUCCUCCUUGUUUUUCCUGGAAUACUGAUCCGACCCCAGCAGCAAGAUGUGCAAGGGACUCGCAGCGCUGCCAGCCACUUGCUUAAAAAGUGCCAAAGACAUGAAGCACCGUCUGGGCUUCUUGCUGCAGAAGUCAGAUUCCUGUGACUACAGCUCUUCCCAGGGCAAGAAGGAGAAGAUAUCUUCAAGCCAGAGGCUUAGCCAAGAGGAAGUCAGGAAAUGGGCAGACUCCUUGGAAAAUCUGAUCCAUCAUGACAGAGGACUGGCUGCUUUCCGUGCUUUUCUCAAGUCUGAGUACAGUGAGGAAAACAUCGAGUUCUGGGUCAGCUGUGAGGAGUACAAGAAAACCAAGUCACCAGCCAAGCUCAGCCCCAAGGCCAGGAAGAUCUAUGAUGAGUUCAUCUCAGUGCAGGCCACAAAAGAGGUGAACUUGGAUUCAUGCACACGGGAGAAGACAAGCCACAAUAUGCUGGAGCCCACACUGUCCUGCUUUGAUGAGGCCCAGAGGAAAAUAUUCACCCUCAUGGAGAAGGAUUCCUAUCGCCGCUUCCUCAAGUCCCCUUACUACCUGGACUUGGUCAGCCCCCCUGGGGCUGGCUGUGGGCCCGAAAACUGCAAAAGAAACCACACUCACAGCUUAGACUGCAACUCCAACAUCAUCUCUCAGUGUGCCUGAGCCUGCAGCACGGCAGGGGCGGGCCGGGCUCUCGCAGAAUAUACGGCAGCAAAAGCACUCAUUGGCAUGAAGCAACAGAGCUGUCUCCAGUAGCUGUCUAAUGUCCCAGUUGUGUCCCAUGUCAUGCAACAGCCAGCAUUUGUAACCCCAUCCGGGCUCAGUGUGUGCAGCAAACCCUCCUCUGAUGGGUCGGGGCAGGAGCUGGGGGCUGUGUCUGGCACAGGAGCUGGGGGCAGGAGCUGGGGACAGUGCCAGGGCUCUGCCAGCCCUGCCAGCCCAGGAGCUGCAGUGCCAGCCCAGGAGCUGCAGUGCCAGCCCUGGCUCUGCCCACGGAGGGACAGGCAGGCAAGGGCACUCACCCUGUGACACCCAGCGAGGUGCAGGGCAGGGAGAAGCCAAGGGAAGAGCUGGAGGCUGGGAUCUCCCCUUUCUAAUGUGCAGAGGUGUGGGUGAAAAGGGCUGGCUCUGGUCCUUAGCUGUCACGGCUCCCCAGUGCCCAGGCUGGCAGGAGUUGUUUGCCCAGAGCUCAGGCUGUGCUGCAUUGCAGGAUCAGGCACAGGAAGGGCUCCUGCUCUCUCUUGAAGGGAGACCAAAGCUUUUUGGACAGCCUCCCUCCAUCACAGGCAGGGAGGGUGGCAGGGGAGCUCAGCCUCCUCCCUCCAGCUGCUCCCUCUGUGGCACCACGUUCAUGCUGGCCAGGGAUCUUCCCUAGGGCUGUGCAGAGCUGUCAGUUUGGGGGGGCUCGUUAUUCCCUGCGUUAUUUAUUGCGACCUUCACGCUCCCAGGUUAAACACUCCAGCAGAGCAGAACAGAAGUGUGCUCCUGCUCUCCCAGCCAGGUGUAUAUUCCAUUUGGAUUCAGCUUUGCCUGUCCUGGCUUGUAAGGAGCAGUUUGUCAGGGAACAGGACCACAAUAUCUGAGGAGGAAAGGCCCCGCUGGGGAGUACUUGAAAACGAUGGAGUUUUUUGAGGUGUUAUUUAGUAUUUCAGUAAUAGCAUGGCUUGCUUUUCCUAAAGAUGGGAGAGGGAAUGUGUCUAUCUCCUUACUGCUCCAGGGGUUUGCCAGAAGGCAAGGCUCACUUUUGGAUUGCUGUGGUGAGACACGGCCUUUGCUGUGGGGUUUGGCAGUGCCCUGCAGUGGGCAGCACGGGAGGCAGCUGCAGGAUCCCUGCAGCCCCUCUCCUGUCCUGCUGCAGCACCAGGUGUGUCACUGUCCCCAGCCUUGGUCCCUCCUGCAUUAGAUAUCGCUGCUCUGGCCACUGUGCAUCCUGCACUCUGCAUCCCAGCCCAGAUAACAGCUCUCACACCGGGGUUUUGGCAUGGCAGGAGGAGGCUGUGGCUCUCCAGGCCCAUAGAGAAACUCCAUUUUUAACAUGUGCUUUAUUUUGUAUUUAUUCAAUGUACUAACACCUAUCGCCAUGCAUGUUCAGCUAAGAGGUGGAGAGGCUUGCUAAAGCUCUGAACAUAGCCAAGCAUGUGGCUAUGUUUUAUUUCCCCCUGGUACUGGGAACUCUUGGUAACUAUUGAAAAACUGUAUUAAUAUUUAAAUAAUGAUGAAUGCAGUCUAAAUAAAAAUGUUUGCGUUA